GGAGCUGAUAUUCGACCCGGCUUUCUCCGUCCCGCAGGACUGAAAGCUUACCCCCUCCCCUUCUCGUCCUCCUCCCCCUCCUGCUCUUUCACUGCUCCGUACCGCUUUUUUCGUCUCCCUGGGGGGAAAUCUCCCCUCAGCUCUUUGUGAAGCCCAUACACACGUGCAACAUCACAGCUGAGUCUGCAGCAACCGUACUACAGCAUCCGGAUUUCGCACCAUGGAACGCUUCCUCGGCUUCGUUAAACAGAUCCGCAGGUCCCGGAGACGCAAGGGCAAAAAGUACCGGCCCGAAGAGGAUUAUCACGAGGGCUACGAGGAUGUGUACUACUACGCUUCCGAGCACCUGCACAAUGAGGGGCCUUACACCAAACACUCCAACCCCUCCAGACCUCCAGAUGGAGCGCUGGCUAUCAGAAGACAAAGCAUCCCAGAUGAGUUUAAGGGCUCCAGCAUAGUGGAGCUGAUGAAGAAGGAAGGCACCACCCUGGGCCUGACCGUUUCAGGAGGCAUCGACAAGGACGGCAAGCCACGCGUCUCCAACCUACGGCAGGGCGGAAUCGCAGCCAGGAGCGACCAGCUGAACGUCGGAGACUACAUCAAGUCGGUGAACGGCAUCAACCUGACCAAGUUCCGUCACGAUGAGAUUAUUAGCCUGCUGAAAAACGUAGGCGAGAGAGUGGUACUGGAGGUGGAAUAUGAACUGCCGCCUGUUUCCGUGCAAGGUACAGGUGUAAUGUUCAAAAAUGUCGAGGUGACGCUACACAAAGAGGGGAACACGUUUGGAUUUGUCAUCAGAGGAGGUGCCCAUGAAGACAGGAACAAAUCUCGCCCUGUUACCAUAACAACGAUCAGACCUGGUGGCCCUGCUGACAGGGAAGGCACUAUCAAACCCGGAGACCGGCUGCUGAGCAUCGACGGUAUUCGUCUGCAUGGUACUUCCCACGCAGAGGCAAUGAGCAUCCUCAAGCAGUGCGGCCAGGAAGCAACACUCCUCAUCGAGUAUGACGUGUCCAUCAUGGACUCCAUAGCCAGUGCUUCUGGUCCUCUACUUGUGGAAGUGGCCAAGCCUUUGGGCUCCAGCCUGGGGGUUGCUCUGUCUACCUCCAUGUACUGCAACAAGCAGGUCAUCAUCAUUGACAAGGUCAAGCCAGCCAGCAUCGCUGACAGGUGUGGCGCACUGCAUGCCGGUGAUCAUAUCCUGUCAGUUGAUGGCACAAGCAUGGAGUAUUGCACGCUGGCUGAAGCCACCCAGCUCUUAGCCAGCGCCUGUGAGCAUGUCAAGAUGGAGAUCCUUCCUCAUCACCAGACUAGACUGGCCCUUAAAGCCUCAGAUCAUGUCAAGGUGCAGAGGAGCAACCGGCCAUUGCCCUGGGAGUCCGGCACAAACAACAACAGCAACUUCCUCCCUUACCAGCACUAUAACACCUACCACCCUGACCAGUCCUGCAGCCAGGCCAAGCAGAAAUCUUCUCCAAACAACCCCUCACUAGGCUCAUCUUUCUCACCCACCUCCAUGAGUGCCUACAGCUUGAGCUCCCUCAACAUGAGCACACUGCCUCGCAACAUGUAUCCCACAAGCCCCCGCAGCACACUGAUGAGGCGCAAACUGAAGAAGAAGGACUACAAGAGCUCAUUGUCUCUGGCUUCAAGCACUGUAGGCCUGGCCGGACAGGUGGUCCACACAGAGACCACUGAGGUGACCCUGGUCAGCGACUCCAUCAUGGGAUUUGGAAUUCAGCUCCAGGGAGGGGUGUUUGCUACCGAAACUCUCACUUCUCCUCCACUUAUCGCUUACAUCGACCACGACAGCCCAGCCGAGAGGUGUGGAGUCUUGCAGAUCGGCGACCGACUCCUGUCCAUCAAUGGGAUUCCCACAGAGGACAGCACAUUGGAGGAGACUAACCAGCUGCUUCGCGACUCCAGCAUCACCAGCAAAGUUACACUGGAAAUUGAGUUUGAUGUAGCAGAGUCUGUUAUCCCAAGCAGCGGCACCUUCCAUGUGAAGCUACCAAAGAAGCCAGGAGUGGAGCUGGGCAUUACUAUCAGCUCCCCAUCUAACAGGAAGCCAGGUGAUUCUCUCAUCAUCUCCGACAUAAAGAAGGGCAGCGUGGCACACAGGACAGGGACGCUGGAGUUAGGAGACAAGCUUUUGGCCAUCGAUAAUAUACGCCUGGAUAACUGCUCCAUGGAAGAUGCUGUCCAGAUCCUGCAGCAGUGUGAGGAACUGGUCAAGCUCAAAAUCCGUAAAGACGAGGACAACUCAGGUGUCCUGCGUCUAGGCCAUGUUGAUAUGGACGCCCGUGUGCUGUUGGCCUGUGUUGCAGACGAGCAGGAGAGCUCUGGUGCCAUCAUCUACACUGUGGAGCUGAAGCGCUACGGGGGCCCGCUGGGCAUCACCAUCUCAGGCACCGAGGAGCCCUUCGACCCCAUAAUCAUCUCCAGCCUCACCAAGUGCGGCCUGGCUGAGAGGACCGGGGCGAUCCAUGUCGGGGAUCGUAUCCUGGCCAUUAACAAUAACAGUCUGAAGGGGAAACCGCUGAGUGAAGCUAUACACCUGCUUCAGAUGGCUGGAGAGUCUGUUACACUGAAGAUCAAGAAACAGGGAGAAUUGGCAAGUCCUAAGCAGCCAUCAGUGACCGGGCGUCUGGGUGAACUGAGUGAUGCGGAGGAUGAGAAUCAGCAGAAGACAGGGAAGCUUUCAGACAUCUACUCCUCCACCAUCCCCAGCGUGGACAGUGCCGUCGAGUCCUGGGACGGCUCGGCUAUCGAUGCCUCCUUCAGCCCUCAGGCCCCAACAGGCUUCCAAGCAUCAGGCUACAGUUUUCACAGUCACGAAUGGAGGAACGCCAAAGUGAGUCGUGGCAGUGUAUCUCCAGGCAGCAGCCAUCAGAAGAGCACCAUCCUGCAGGAUCUAGGCCUCAGUGAUGAUGAAUGGGACAAACCCACUGCUAGCGGGUUCACCGUGGGUCACGAUGGCACAGAGCCGGAUCAGGAAGAGAACUUUUGGUCUCAGGCACUGGAGGACUUGGAGACUUGCGGCCAGUCCGGGAUCCUCCGCGAACUUGAGGCCACCAUAAUGUCUGGCAGUACACUGAGUCUGAACCAUGACCCGGCGCCAGCACGGUGCCAACUGGGGAGGCAGGCCAGCUUCCAGGAACGUGGUAGCAACAGGUCGCAGUAUAACCAGGGCAACCGUAGUAACACACUUCCCAGCGACAGUGGACGCAAAGCCUUCGCCAUGAGGAAGAUGCAACAAGAGAUCAAAGACAUUGUGUCCCCAAACCCUGUGGAGCUACACAAGGUGAGUCUGAAUAAAGAGUCAGACCUGGAGGACUUUGGCUUCAGUGUGUCUGAUGGACUCCUGGAGAAGGGGGUCUACGUCAAUAACAUUCGCCCAGGUGGGCCUGCUGAGUUGGCGGGGCUCAAACCCUAUGACAGGCUGUUACAGAUCAACCAUGUCCGAACUAGAGACUUUGACUGCUGCUUGGUGGUUCCUCUGAUUGCUGAAUCAGGGAACAAGCUGGACCUGGUAAUCAGCCGAAACCCAGCCUCAGCCUCGACCUCACCCUCAGAACUGAACCAGCUUCCCGGCGAGGAGCCUGUGGGCUGGACCGACCCAGCCGAGCCCCUCCCUCAGGAGGUGGCCCAACAGAACUCCAGGCUAGUGGGGUCAGAGGGCAGAGACCCCAACAAGACCUUAUAGCAGAAACCCAUCCCUCCGUCCCCAGCACAGGCUCAAGUGCUCCUCAUGGUGCUAAGUGAACUCCUCUCAACACACACCACCCCCCUGCUGGAGUGAGCUGGAGCUCUUCUGGCAUAUAGCACACACAGUCUCUUCCCUGAGCCACAGCAUGAGCCACACACUGAGAGGGGUCAUCCCUACACCUGCUGCCUGUGUGUUUACUCCUGUGAAAAUGACACUGGUGAUUACGGAAGGAGAUCAUACUGACCUCAAGAUCUCAAGAACUGAUCCAGUGCCAUCCCUUGUUUUUAUUGCCAAUAAACAUUUUAAUGGGGGAAAAAAAAACUAAGCAAAAGAAGCAAAUGGAAUCUUUAAGACGUUUACACAUGAUUAUGGACUGGCCGCUGUGUGUGUGUGUGUGUGUGUGUGUGUGUGUGUGUGUGUGUAUGUGUUUGAGUAAACAGGAUUUCCUCCUGUGAGUCCCGGGCCAGAGCAAUCUCCACAUUCUGUAUUCUGUUUGUUCUAACUUCAGCUGUUCUCCUGGUCUCCUCCAUCUUGCCUCUUGCUCCUUUCUUUUGUAUGUGUGUGUAUGUGUCAUGUGGAUCUCCCUGUAAUUCCUCACAAAGUGAUGCCACGUGAUGUCUCACUCAGCAGGAAAAUCACUCAGCACGAUCUCAGCAACGUGAACCCGAAUUUCCCAAAAUGGUAAAACGCUAGUCAGCCCCGGCGGGUUGGGUGGCACAAUGCAUGAGACCUUUUGUGAACUAUUUUAUAAUGGUAGAAGUUUGAUUGUACAGAACAAAAAAAGCACUCAAAAAAGAACAAAACUUCAUUAAAAAGGUCAUCAUUUGAUUCCUGGGAUAAAUCCAUCCAAAUGGUUGAACCUUAAUGUCAUAUUGAAUUAUAAUCAUUUCACCAUGACAUUAAAGAUGCACCUUAGCUUAGAACUGGACAGAAGUCUAUUUUUAUUCGUCAAGGCAAAUGGUUUAUACUGUAAAUGAGCAAGUGUGACGAGCUUGAGUGAUGGAAAAGAUGCAUUAAGCAAUCAGCUUGCCUUACUAGAACGAAGAUGAUUGGGUAGAGAGGGUGUGUUUUGGUUUCUUUAAGUGUGUGGUGCAGGAAGAACGUUAACCCCCCAGGCUUUGUGUUGCUUUUUAGGAAAUGUCUAUCGCUAGCACAAAGCAGAGAGACCAAAUAUCUUGUUCAAUUGUCCCCAAUUCACCUCCUCUCAUGCCUGUUCUGGACAAUAGAGAGCGGGAUCGGUGUCUAUGGGCCUUGAAGUGUUGCUUAGAUCAGUCCCACAUCAGCCAGACACAUUUCAAGGCAACACAAUGUGUCAGCAUAAAUACAGAAAUCUUCAUUCCGAACGUGCGUUUUCAGCUGUUUGGAGAAUCUUUUUAACCACCACUCUAAUAUUUAAAAAAAAAAAAUACAAAAAAAAAAAAAAAAAAGCAUGAAGUUGAGUGACACGAGAAGCCCGACAACAACUUCUAGUCUAUAGUCCUCCCUUGUUUAAGUGAAUAUGAACUUAUACUAAUCUACUGUAUGUGGUACUGGUAUGGUUUUCUAUGUUAAAUGUGUUUUUUUUUUCCCAGAGGGCAUUAGCCCAAACGGUGUACAAACUAUUUGUAAAGAGAAACGAACAAAAAAAAAAAAAAAAAGACAGUGGCACUCGAGUGUUAAAUCAUGUGAGGAUGAGGUUCUGUGUGGCUGAACAUUUCAUAUACCUAUAUUUAAAAAAAGCUGUAGCUCUAUUUAGAAAAAUAAAAAACAUUAGAAAAGGUAAAACUACUGCUUAGAGCAGCACAUACUUGUGUGAGUGUGAAAUGUGGCUUGUCUGUGCUCACACACUCUUGACUACUCACUAUUUAAAAUGGCACAUGAGCGGUCCAGUCGAAGUCCUGAUCAUACCGUCAUCAGGGUGACGCUCCCCUGGCAUUUCUUUACAGACUUUUUGAUUCUGGAGCAACUGUGUUCUGUUUCUUCAGGUACGGGUUCAUUCCCUGAUCUCAUGCACUGGAUUUGAGAUCUUCUGUUGUCCUUUUUGACAUGUCACGAAUUAUAUAAAAUUCUACACCUGUCAUUGUCAAGUGUUUCCUGUAAGCAGUGUGACAUCCAGUACCCGGGGUUUUUGUGAUGGUUUUCCCACUGUGUUACUGCAAGGAAUCUGUAGUGACAUGCACACGAAUUUUAUUGAUGCCUAAUAUUUUGUUUUGUUUUGUUGGUUUUUUUGUUUUUUUGUUUAAUUUUUUUUUCAUGUGUAAUCAUUUUAUGUGGAUUUAAGCACUGCCAGUUAAAAUAGUGGGUAUCCAUUUUCACUGUAUGAUGAAUUAAUGACACAAUUUCACUGUUAGGUCCCUGAAAUAUUGUAUUUUUAUUUCUAAUGGACAGGCAUUAUGAGCUGUAAAGUAUUUUUGUACAAAUUUAAUACUUUGUUAGCAUGAUAUUUAUCGUCUAUGUAUAACUUUGGGGAUUCCUACAGCUGUAAACCUUUAUAUGGCCAACGAAAAGAGAAACAAUAAAAAGAUAUACAGAGUGGA